GUGCAUAUUUCGUUGUAGGUUUAUAGUGCUACGUCAUUAGACUUUUUUCUUGAUUGCAGGAUGAGAUGAAACAGGAACGUUUAAGGCUAAUUCCCGGGGAUGAGGAAACGUUUUAUCGCAAAGUGACGGCAUUAAAAACGUUUCUGUAAUCAACUCGCUUGAGCAGGAAAACGUUUUUAAAUUUAAGUAAAAAUGAAAAUAUCAUAACUAAAACGUUUACCUUCGAAACAACGUUUGAUGAGAAAAAUUCAGUUGCAGUGAACGCAACAUUUCCGAACGUUUCAAAUCUGCAAGAUGGCGGAGGACGAGGAGGCGCCGUGCCUGACGUACGACGAGGUCACGUCGGAAGUAACGGCGGGGGCGCCGCGCCCGCUGGCAGGUGCUGAUGGAGCUGUGCUGUCACGCUUUGAGUUUUGCUAUCCACGGGACUUCAGAACCCAACAUGGCUUCCCAGGGAGCCACUCCGGCACUGGUAGCUUGUGGAUUAUGAGUGCUGCAUGGCGGGGUGGUGGUGAUGGCUUGGAAGUUGAUGAAGAUGGUGACCUGGUGACCUGGAGAAGUGGUGCACGCUGUGAUGAUGUCAUCAUUAUUGAUGCAAGUUUACCAGACAUUUGA